AGCCAUCCCGGCACCGCGCGGCUGUCUCCGAGGCCAUGCGGCUCUUCUCUCCCGGCGCUGCCUGCGCGCUGCGGGCGCUCGCGCUGCUGCUCCUGCUCGGCCCCCUUGGAAAUGCCUUUGCAGAGGUGAACAUCACCAACACAAGCUCUAAUGCGACUUCACCACAUGUAAUGCAAGAAAACAGCACUUUAUCCAAUUCCUCUGCUGCGCCAUCCACACAGUCUGCAGCAGGUACGCCCACCAGUGCCAGCCGUCCCACCAGCACCGCUGCGUGUGUCACCGUUCCUGUUCAGCCUGCUGAAGCCAACCAGACAAGAUCAACUACAGCUUCAUCAGUCACAUCAUCACAAGCGAAUGUUACAGUGACCACUUCUAAGACUUCUUUCACGUCCGUUACAGCCACAUCAAAAUCUGAGACUGUCAUAGCCAGAGCCUCCAGAUUUGACGUGGGCAGUUUUGUAGGUGGCAUUGUGCUGACACUCUGCGUCCUAGUUAUUCUCUACAUUGGGUGCAAAACGUACCACUCAAGAAGAGGCAUUCAGUACAGAACCAUUGAUGAACACGAUGCCAUCAUUUAAAGAGACUUCACAGAGGACGGUAGUGGAAACCCAUCCUGUCACAGCUGUUUUAACUUGCUUCUGGAAAACAUUCUUUUCAUGAUUGCAGUCUCUUAGGCUGUUUGUAAGUGUGAUCUGCGAAAUUAUGAGACUCUCCUAUGUGUCCUGAUUUUUUUUUUUUGUGUGUGUUAGUUUUGAUGAGAACAAGAGGAACUCAGCACUUUUUUGAGAGAUUAUUUUCUUUUUCCAGUAUUUGUAACCAAAUUUAAAGAAAUCACAUUUAAGUCAUUUGAAGCUAGACCCACAAGGCUCUCAAAUGGGUAACUUGCUAAACAGUAGACCACAUCAUUACAAUUCUAAGUUAAGUUCAACUGUUUCUCACAUGUCCCCAUAAAUCCAGUGUGUACAUAAUGGGUACUGUAGGAGAGGAUGGACUACCUUUGAGACCAAGUGUAAGUUCUUGCAAGUAAAGUUUUUUUUUUUUCCAAAUGUUUUGUAUUAAAUUGUAUUUAUUUUGAAGUUUGAUGUGAACUGUAAUUUAGAAACUUGUGGGCUUGAACACUUCAGUUAAUUUUUAUUAGGAUAGUAAAGGGGCAAGACUUGCUAAUGGUGUAGAUGAUAAGUACUGUAAAGUUCAGUCAUUAGCUCACCAGUGACUUGUAGAGACUUCCCUUCAUAGACCACAUGAUGAAACUAGCUGCAGGAACCAUGGACAGACUGCAGAUACCCAUCCACAAUCCCUUUUUCUAAGAGGGUUCUUAUAAAAAAAAAAAAAAUAAUAAAACAGACUAUGCAAUCCAUAACUGCUAUUUAAUUGUAUAUCCUAAUGUUCUGAUGAAGAUGAAGUCAGAAUUUUCCCCUCAUAGAUAUGAAAAUUUUUGCUGAAAUUAUAUUUUAAGUUGAAUGUGGCAAUCACUUUACUUGUGUUUUUGUUUUUUUUAUUAUGAGGGGACUGCAUGCAAUGUUUUAGCAACAUCUGAUAAGCAUUCAAAGUUACACAGAGAAGUUGAAGAUCUGUAGGAUAUCAUUUUAGAAGAAUAUAAUCUGGAUUUUCUUAAAGUAUUUUCCUAGACAAAAUUAUCUGAAGGCAACAGGGCCUCUUAGAAAGCCAUAGCAUUAAGGUCCAAGUUUGCCAUUCCUGUGCAGGAUGGCAGAUGCCGCUUCCAUACUGCUAUUGCAUUUACACUGAAGUAAACUUGCUGCUUUCAGCAGACAGGUACAUGAUUUACACUGGUGCAGGGAGGAGCACAAUGAAAAACAGGAAAUGCUUCUCUGUAGCACCAAAAAAUUGUUUAGGCCUGUCGAGGCCCCACUUGUAGAUCAGGUGAUCAGGGUCAGUGUGGUGGCACUUCCCCAUCAGGCAGUGCACAGAAGGGAGGUGGUGACACCUGGGGAAGGCCAUGCAGGGACUGCUGGCAGGCCUGUCGGUAGUAGAAUGUCAGGGGAAGCAGAGCUACAGCUCUGGCACAGAUCUAUUAUUUCGUUGAUUCUUACACGUGUGCUUUCCUACAGUAUUAAAAUGGGUGUGUGAGUCUUCCUUUUUCAUAUAGAGUAAUAAAGCUUUGUCUGAGGCACAAAUAAGUCCAACAAAUCAUGACCUAAAGAAAUAUCAGCCACACGGGUGAAGUAGGGUUUAUAUGACUGUUUUGUAUUUCACUGAGAGUGAGAUAGGGACAAGCAGUAACCUGAAGUAAUUUUGCCAGUUUUGUUUUAUCGUGUGUAUGGUUAUUUCUUUUUUUCUUAAUGAAUUGCCUUGUUUGGUGAAUUUUUAUUUUUAUUUUAACUUGAUGAUGAUUGUUACAUAGCAUUGCAAUUCUUUACUUUGUAGAAAUUAAGAGAAUUCAGUGCAACCCUGUUACUGGGAUUGCCUCGCCUCUGUUGUGCAGACGAAUAAAGGAAGUUAAAUCUUUGGA